CUUAAACACCAUGGAUCAAACUUGGAAUUCUUACAUCAAUUCCUUAAAUCCAAACUCUUUGCCUAGAAAAGUGGAGGUGACUGAAGGAAACUAUUUUUCAGGGUCUCUGAACAACCUGUCAUUCUCCAAUGGGGACAUCAUGACGCUGGUUGACCUCAUACCCUCCAGUGUGGGAGCGGAAGUGAUUGAUGGCGAGCAGAUUCUGGGGAUGGUCAAUGUUCCUCUUGGAUAUGAAGGGCAAUUCCAGCUGAUUGCAGAUCCAGUCCCAUUCAAAACAGUGGCUGAUUUAGUCCACUCUGUCCGUGUUCCCCAGGGUCCCGCGACCCACAGGAGCCCUCCCUGCUUCAAGAACUUGGUCCCCAUCUCCACAGCGGAGCUGCCCAUGGUGCUCAAGAAAAGACAAACACUGUCCUUGAUUGGUCUUGAAGAUCGGCAAGGGGAGAGGUUGCUGAGAUGUGAGUUGGUAAGGAAGGAGCCCCCACUGCAGCUGCUGCUCCCCAUGGACUGCUGGGGCCAGUUCCAGGAGUGCCAGGAUGACCAGCUCUACACCAUCAACACCAUCGUGAGCUGGAAGCUGCUCACAGGCAGGAAACGCAGGGUCAGGGCAGCAGCAGGUCACAGCCUGAGGACUCUCAGUCCCCACAUCCCUGAGCACUUCAGUGGGCAUCUAGUUCUGCACCCCUCUUUCUUGGUGAUGGCACUUUUGCCAGGUGAACACGAGAUCACCAUCCCCUCCCACCUGGACAUCCGCAUUACUGAUGCUACAGGUCUAGAGCAGAAUCCAGGCAAAUUCAUGAAAAUGAGACAAAUCUACAGCAUGGAGAAAACCCGAUUCCCGCUGAGAAUCAGGAUCAUGAGCAUGGUCACAGCACAGCCCUUCCCGCUGCAGUGUGGCCAGCUCCUGACCGUCCUUAGGACCAGGGAAGUACGCAAGUUCCUGGCCACAGAGCUCUCCAGAGGGAAGAUGGGGCGCCGCUUCCUCAUCCCCACCACCUACUGGGGCUCGGUGCUCUGGGGAGGCCGCUAUUUUCGCAUGGUUUCCGAUAUCACCUCAGCCAUGCAGCAGGGACAGGUCCGGUUUCGGGCCCAGAGGGACUACACGUCCCCCACAGAGCCGUUUACAUCAUUCGAAGCCAGCGAGUGCUUCACGGCACUUCAGAAGAGCGUGGUUACUGCUGAGAUCCAGGGCGAGGAGCACCGAGUUGAAGUCCUCAAGUGCCAAAACAUGGCCACCAACGCCCUUGCAGUGUUUCCUCUGUUCGCACAAGGUGACUUCCUGGAGUUGGUCGUGGAUCCUAGAGUGGGGAAGUUGCAGGAACUGUGCCAGAUCACAAGACUCCCGUGUCACAUCCGGGUGGUCAGCCCAGACCCCACAAUGGCCAGAGACCCUCUGUUCGGAACAGAGGAACUGAGGGUUGAGAAUGUCAUCAUUGAACAAUCCCUCAUAGCUAAAGAUGAAACUUUGCCAGAACGAACACUGGAGAUCCCCGUGGAGAAGAUCAGCAUGGAGGUGUUGGUCCUAAAAGAGAGGUUACAGAUCAGAGAUGCAGGGAAGGAGACCAGCGUGGCUCCUCAAGGCAUAGAAGAGAUAACCGAAACAGAGGCCCUGACCUACAGCAAUUGCUUGAUUGCUCCCCGUCCACCACCACGCCCACCAAAGCCCAGAAGUUUGUCUUAGACAAUGUGUCUGUCAGCCCUACUGCGUCUCCAAGGAGCAGCCACAGCCUCUCAGGACCUGCGUGUGUUGUGGUUGCUGGACUGUGCCAGCUCAGAUGAACAGAGAUGAAACCAGAUACCGUCAGAGUUACUUAUUUCCUUCACUCUUGGACAUUGGCCAGGAGUUGCUGUGUUAGCUUUCCAUGGCUAUGACAAAAUACCUGAAAUAAUCAACUCAUAAGGAGGAAGGGCUUAUUUUGGCUCCCAGGUUCUGUGAUUUUGAUCCAUGUUUGCUUGGUCUGUUGCUCUGGGCUUGUGAGAGCAUAGUGCAUUGUGGCCAAAGUGUGUGGUGGGUAAGAUUGCUCUCUUCAGGGAGGCCAAGAAGUAAAGGAGAGAAUCAGGAAGAGAACAGCCUCUUGAAGGGGCUGGAGUCCUGUAUUCCCCCCAAGGCCAUGCCCCAUGACAUCACUUCCUCCCACUAGGCUCCAUCUCUUAAAGGUUCCCCCAUCUCCCAACAUCACCAUGCCUGGGAUCCAUGUCUUUAGCAGAUAGGCCUUUAGGAGAUGCUUACCUAAACCACACAUUUGUCUUUAGGUGGUAGAUAUUCUUCCCCUGAGGUAUAUGUAAAGCAGUGCUAUAAUAAUGUCCUGACUUGCCCAUGGUGCCCUUCUUUCAAUUAAAAUGAAAUUACAUUUAUUCAGUAGAAAGACUUAUCCAUUCUAGACUCCUAGGUCGUGAGACAUAAUUCUUCAUUUCAUAUGUCUCUAUAUUGGGAGUCACACUUCAGCUGUGUUACUCUAAACAGUUCCUGGCCUAUAGGAUACACUCAAUAAAAAUUUGUGGACAAAUGGACAAGUGCACACGUUGGUUUGCUAACACCUGCAUUAGUAUCUUGUCUUCCUACUUCUUCUUCCACCAGUUAGAAAGUGCUCAAUGCACACUAUAUACAAGUGCAUGAUUAACAACUGACAUCUACUGCACCCUCCAGAGACUCCAGAAAGAACAAUCUCGGAUUGUUCCCUGUCCAGGGGAGGAAACAGGACCCUCAUAAGUGCUCAUCAUGACAGACAUAGCUGAAAUUCCACUCCUCCCUCACCCCGAUGUACUUGUGUUGUAGUUACUUUCCUCCUCGCUGGGACAAACACCCAACAUGUGAAAUUUAAAAGAAGAGAGGGUUAUUUUGGCUCAAGUUUACAGUCCAUGGUCAGCUGGCUCCCAGGCAGGACAGCAUGGCAGAGGAACCACUGAGGGGGCAAAGCUGCUCAGCGACUGGGAAGCAAAGAGUGAAGGAGGAGCUGGGAAGGGAGACAGGACCUUCUUCCACCCAUAGUGACUGACCACUUCUGACCAACAGCAAGUUAACUAUAAGCUCCUGUGAUCAAUCACCUUUCAAAGGUCCUGCCUAUGACUGCAACAGGUUUUAGGGUGACAUCCAGAUAUAAACCAUAAGCCUUGGCAGCAGGAACAACUGACAAGAUUCACCCUGUGGCAUCUGAUUUUACUCAAAGCAGGCUCUGGCACUGGUCCUGUUGUAUUGUACCUCUUUAACCUAUGUGUGAGGCAAAUUUUGCCCACUUAAAAGGUUCUUUCUAUGUCUGUGAGUGCCUUGGAGCUCACAGUGACUCUAACAGAUAAUAGGGAAGACCCAGAAGGGGUCUGGGUUAAGUGGGACCUCUAAUCCUAGUUUUGUGAGGUAUCUCCAAACUGAUUUCCACAGUGGUUUCAC